AUGUCAGGUGGGGUUGGUGUAUGUAGUGACAUUAGUUUACCAAAAGAUGAACACUUUCCACAGGACAAGAAUCAGACCAAAUUCCCCAACAAUAAAAAACCUCAGCACCAAAACAGACGAUUCUUCACUUUCAGACAACUUAACGCCCUUGCCGUUGUAAUCGUCUUUUCUUCUAGUGGUAUGGUGAGUGUUGAGGAUUUCGCUUUUGUUAUAUUUUCUCUAAUUUACAUGUACUUCAUUUCCAAAAUUGCCUUCCCACCAAUUUCUCCUCAAACAGAACCCCCUGUUUUUAGCGAAAACAACAAGUUUCUUACUCUUUACGUUACAGUUGGGGCAAUUGUGGGGUUAUUUCUUCCUAUAGCUUAUAUUUUCGAAGGUAUUUACGAGGGUGAUAAAGAAGGUAUUAAAGCAGCAGCACCACAUGUUUUCUUGUUGGCCAGUCAAGUUUUUAUGGAAGGAUUGGCGUUUACUGAUAGAUUUUCGCUACCUAUACGUGUAUUUGUUCCAGUAUUUUACAAUUCGAGGAGGAUUUUUACAAUUAUGGAAUGGUUGACAAGUGAAAUUUCUCAAGUGGAUCAAGAAUAUGGAGGAAAUGUGAGGAGGCUGUAUAUGGGUAGAGCUUUAGCUGUUGCAAAUAUGGUAUUUUGGUGUUUUAAUUUGUUUGGUUUCUUGUUGCCUGUGUAUCUUCCUAAGGCCUUUAAGAUAUAUUACUCUGCCCGCAAACUAAAAGAUUGA